UUAGUAUUUAGAGUGAGUGGUGAGCAGGUCGAUAAACCGCAAAAAUCAAUAUGAAUAUGAAAUUCGCAUUUUGUGUUAUCUUUUGUGCCGUCCUCAUCAAAGCAGAAGCGGCAAGUGUUGCGAAACAUACCAACAAAGCCACUCACACGACAUUCGAAGAGGUGAAUCAUAGCUCAUCUGUAGUUGGUUAUAAUUAUCAGCGACCGACAGUGCCAUUCAGUUAUCCGAAACAUGAAAACACACCAACAAAAUUCAAUACACUUGAGGUAGAAACUAAUUUAAAUUUAAAUAAUCCAUUAGAAGACUCCAAAACAUACAUCAAUGUUACGAAACGACUAGUCGGGAAAACAUCCCACGACGCUUAUCCUGUAUGCUGUUUUAACAUCGAGAAAGACCUGAAGACCGUUGUAGCGCUGCGUAAUCAGCGGCGACCGGCUGAGCGUCGUUUAAUACCUUAUACUGAGAUCUUGACCUACGCGUAGUGAAAUCAGUGAAUCAAAUAUGAAUACGUGUAUUAAAUAGAAACUCUUUAUUAUUAAGCUUAUUACUCAGCUCGUUCUAAAAUGACUAA